AACUUCGGGUUCGGUCGUUCGAAUUCAUUUGGAUUUCGGGAUUCGGGAUGCAUACAUUACGUGAUCGAUAGGCCGAACCUUUCCGUGUGUCCCGUGUGCAAUUUUAGGACUUACUCGACCAGCUCAUCACGAAGACCGUACGACGAUGACGGACGGCACCGGGACCGAGGACUCCACGGUAUUUAAUUCCAUAUCCGAUCCAGGCAAGACCAACACCAGUACAGCAGGUCCAGUAGUUUUAUAUUCAAUUGCAUUGGCAUGGCGAACCCAAUUCUAUCGCAGUCUCACAGGAGGCAGUGUUUCGGAAUUAUCAGACGAAGAGGAAGAUCAGUCCCAGUAUCAAUUUGAGGAUGAUCUUGAGUACCUCAGGUCAUUGGAUCCAAGAGACUGGAAAGAUCAGGACCAUUACGCUGUUCUAGGAAUAAAAGAUCUUAGACAUCGAGCAACUGAAGAUAUUAUCAAAAAAGCUUAUAAACUGAAAAUAUUAAAGCACCAUCCUGAUAAGCGCAAGGCCAUGGGCGAGGAAAUCCGACCAGACGAUGACUACUUCACUUGUAUAACUCGUGCCUGGGAAACCCUUGGAAGUCAAGCUAAGAGACGAAGCUACGAUAGUGUAGAUCCUUAUUUCAAUGACAAUCUGCCAGACGAGAAGGACUGUCGGAACAAUUUUUACGAGAUAUUAGGUAAAGCUUUCAAAGAGAACUCACGGUGGUCUGUGAAGAAGCCUGUGCCUCGAUUGGGUGGGCCGUUCACACCACGCGAGAAGGUAGAACAGUUCUACUCGUUCUGGUACGAUUUUGAUUCCUGGCGCGAAUACUCAUAUCUUGACGAGGAAGACAAGGAGAGUGGUCAAGACCGAGACAUGCGGAAAUGGAUCGAAAAAAAGAACAAAGCCACGAGAGCAAAACGGAAAAAAGAGGAAAUGAUGCGAAUACGCACUUUAGUGGACAUGGCUUACAAUAUAGAUCCUAGAAUAAAGAAAUUUCAACAAGAGGACAAGGAUAAAAAAAAUGCCGUGAAAAGAGCAAAGCAGGAGGCAGCAAAAGCCAGACAACAAGAAGAAAAGAGAAUAGCACGUGAUGCAGCAGAGAAAGAAAGAUUGGAGAAAGAGAAAAGAGAAUCCGAAGAAAGAGCAAAACAAGAUGCGCUGAAGCAGGAACGAGAAGUACAGAAAAAGGCAUUACGCAAAGAAAGGAAGGCGUUCAGAGAUUUUUGCAAAGCAAACGAUUACUUUGCAGAAAAUUCAGAAGAGAGUCUCCGACACAUGGAAAACGUAGAAAAGAUUUGUGAAUUGUUCAAGCUUGUACAGCUGGAAGAGGCGAUGAAGAAUCUUCAGACUAACGGCAGGAUCGCGUUUCUGAGCAUCGUUGAAGAAGCUGAACAAAUAAUUGAAGCAGAACGCCGCGUAAAUGUAAUCAAUAACGAUGCGAGAAACACACCCGAUAAGCAGACCAAAACUUGUACCGCACCCUGGAGCGAGAAUGACUUGCAACUUUUAAUAAAAGCAGUUAAUCUAUUUCCUGCUGGUACCAAUCAACGUUGGGAGGUUGUAGCAAAUUUCAUCAAUCAACAUAGCAGUUCUACUAAUGGAGUUACCCGCGAUGCUAAGGAAGUCCUGGCAAAAGCCAAAAGUCUGCAAUCAACCGACUUUAGCAAAUCGAGUUUAAAAGAACAGGCGAAUAAGAAAGCCUUUGACAAUUUCAUUGCCGAGAAAAAGAGUAAGGAAGCUAUAGAAGAAAGAAUGCCAGCCGUUACGGAGCGUCUAGACCAUCCAAUCGCGAAUGGUGUUACCGUUGAAUCUAAGGAAAUGAAAAAAGAAUCAGCACCAUGGACACUGGCUGAACAAAAACUCUUGGAACAAGCACUUAAAACCUAUCCGACGUCGGUUCCAGACAGAUGGGAUCAGAUUGCAGCGUGUAUACCCACCAGAACGAAAAAAGAAUGUAUGAAAAGAUAUAAGGAACUGGUCGAGCUCGUGAAGGCGAAGAAAGCGGCGCAGAUGACGAAAUAAUAUUAACUGCACGCUAAGCUCGAAAUUUUCCUCUAACUUAUUGAACUCUAAUUCAAUUUCGCAAUUCCGAAGCAACAGUCAUUUCGUUCCUCGAAAUGGAAUUCUUCCCUAGAGAAUUAUUAUAUAAACGAAAAUUAAGACUGGAGGACAAGAACUUUAGCUUACUCAUUGAAUGCCAGUUCGUGUGUAUACUUGUGCCUUGUUAUAGCCAAUACGUGCACAAAUUAGUCGCACGGCAUACAAAACAACUCGACGUAUUUUGUUCAGUCGAUUUCGCGAUAUGUUUUAUUUCGCGUUGUACGCUUUAAAGAUACCUUUAAAACCGUGCUUCUACCCGACCAUUA